GUAGCUUCUAGAGAUUAACAACUCAUAAACUAACUUUCUUUAUACUCCUCAGACAUCCUAGUAGAUCACAUAAGAAUGACACCCUCCACAUCAACCUUGUGAAAUGAGAAUCUCUGCUUAGGAUUUAGGGUUUAGGGCUGCCCAUUUUCUGUUGAAUUCGCCAACUACAAUCUGGAACCACGUAGAAGAUGAAGAUUCUGCGUAGCGAGCGAUACAGACGUUGAUCGCAAGUGGAAUGCGUGCACAUGAGAAACACGAGCAAUGUUUUAGUGGCUGAUUAUGUAGUCAUAAUUAUGAGCUUUUGCAUGGUAGCAUGUACCUAAAAACGAUAUCGACGCCGGUGGUGCUGUCGAGAAUGUGUCAAGGAUUCUGUGGUGCUGGUUGCUAACCUCACUAGUCCACAUGACCUCUGAAACGUGUGCUCAUAUGCCAACUUGGGUCGUUUUCGUAAUCGUGGUUGCAGGCGUCAGACGUGGGAGGUAGACAAUGUAGGAGCUUUGGACAGGAGUACACAUGGGACGGUGUUCUCAACCGGAAGCUAGAUCUCCUCAGAAUCAUCUAACUCUUCUACUUAAGUGCAGAGCAAUUAAGGACAUAUUCACUGCUCGGGAGGAUGGCGGGGACGUAGUUGAAAGCGGAUUUUAGAGGAUGUCUUAUUUAGGGUUCAAGUGCGGCAUUUUGAGAAGUCUAUGUGAUGAUUCAGUGUGAGAAUGGAGCGUGUCCUAGUGAGUUAUGGACGUCGUACAUCUUGACGGAAGAGGUCGAUAUCAUGUGAUGAAGCGUGAAUCUCUUACCCGUUUCGCUCCUGACAAGCGGCUCGGUUUGUUUCUAUGUAAUUUGGGCUAAUGGUUCUGUUGCUGCGCCCCAUGCUAUUUCGCAGAUGGCUUCAUCGACAUGGCAGACCUUCUUUCAGUCUCGUGUCGUACCCCCCUUACGUUUCGCGGUCGUCAUUUCCUACUUUGCCCUCACUGUCCUCUUCUACAUCCGCGAUCCAUCUGCCGCAAGUCUUGAGGCGCCUGGAUCCCUCCUUUUCCUCCCCGCCAUAUGGAAUCGGCGACCAACUAUCGAAGCGUAGGUGUAUUUGGGGACGCGAUGAUCGAGAUGCUGGGUCCAACGGAUGUGCCAUUUACUAUUUUCGUGCCUUCCCACGCUACAUUCCUUGACGUUCCCAUCUUUCGGAAUCUUGAGGAGAAGGGCAAACAAGCAGAUGUUCUUAAAACUGAUUCUGAUUCUUAUAUAAUCAUGUCUCACUUGCUGAGCUUCGGCACCGUGCCGAAGUCUAUCCUCUCGAAGCUCAUUCCUGUUGGCCAGGAAGUUGUGUAUGAGUCUCUAUCAGGUUCACUGGUGUCCGUGACGCGAGUUCCUGGGAGGGGUUUCUUGGUGAAUAACCUGACUUGCAUGGUGACAGACUUACACAUAGGGCAGUUUGUAAUUCACGUCCUGAAUGGCUUUGUCAUGGAUUCUGAGUUUCAGCAAUCUUUACUGCAAACCACAGAUUCUUCCAACGAAGAGGAUAUCGAUGAAGAAGCAGAAAAACAAGGGUUGAAUGAGGAGGAGGAGGAGGUGGAGAAUGUCAUCGAGCAAAAGCAUCAGAGCCAUGAUUGAGAUAUCUCUCACAGAUCUUUUUCAAGUGGAGGCUCAGAUUAUUCUAGUGAACUUUGUUUGCGCCCAACUCAAUUACUCUGCUCUAACUGAGCCUCGACUUCGAAGAGCUGUUAAAAACUAGAGCAGCACAUUCCGGACGCAACUCCAGCCGGGACGCUUAUGGAGACACAUAAAGCGCAGCCAGUGACGAUUCUUUUCCUCCAUAUGGGUCUGCAAUCUGGUGCAGGAAAUGGUACCUUGAUGUACCUCUCUUGUGCGAGGAUUUGGAAUUUAGACGAUGUGUGGCGUAAGCCUUUGUCCCAGCCACGUCGAACAGUACGAAAGGAAAACCAAAAGUCAAGGGCUCACGUAAUGAAGGAUAAUUCAAAGAGCUUGUUUUUAGAGAUUCCCAAGGCCUUGUUUUCUGCUCUCUGUUGCUGUUCAGCUGCGUAUUAUUCCAGCAAAACCCUAGACAGUUAGAAGUUAGUGUUACUGGCUGAUUUUUUGUAUUCUUUCUUUUUAUAUUUUUGUAUUUUUACAACAUGCUAAGAUCAAACCACUUUGGGUUAUAAAAUUCAUGACAAUGAUUGCUAUA